UGUUUUUAUUGCACUACAUGUUUGGGAAACAAGACAAAAUGGACGUUAGAUGCAGUUCAGAGACUGAAGCUAACCGGGUCUCGAAGAACGGACAUAAAGAGGGCAAGGAAAGCAAAGGGUCUGAAGGAAAUAUUUCUACUUCUUUUUUGAAGGAUCAGCAAGGGACUUUUUCUGCCUCUGCAGCUACGGAAGGUUGUAAUAAAAGUAAAUCUAGUUCGGCUGAUCCGGACUAUUGCAGGAGGAUCCUAGUUAGAGAUGCCAAAGGUUCAAUCCGAGAGAUUAUUCUGCCUAAGGGGCUUGAUCUGGACCGUCCCAAGCGGACCCGCACCUCCUUCACGGCCGAGCAGCUCUACCGCCUGGAGAUGGAGUUUCAGCGCUGCCAGUACGUCGUGGGGCGGGAGCGCACCGAGCUCGCCCGCCAGCUCAAUCUCUCCGAGACUCAGGUAGCGCCUGAAGACUCAGCGAUUUGUAAGCACAAAGGUUUUGGGGCCCCACCUGUUGCCCCCGUUUACCCCCACACUCGCUGCACUACAGCCCCCGGUUUCCUUAACACCGAGCCCUUAAUACCAGUCAGGAAAUCCUCCAGCAACUUUUCUUUUUCACGGUAA